AUGCCUGCAGCAUCUAGUUCCGUAGUAGUCCUUGGUGGAGGAGUCGCGGGUCUCACGACUGCGUUGGAACUCAAGAAUAAGCACCCCAAUAUCAAGGUCACGCUGGUUGCCAAAUUUCUGCCCGGUGACGUCGCGCAGGCAGAGUAUUGCUCUCCCCAAGCCGGUGCUAAUUGGACCUCCUUUGAAAACGAGUGGAAUCGGUAUGCCUGGUAUGACCAGUUCUCAUUCGGACGGUUCUUACGCAUAGCGGAUGAAUUUCCAGAAAGCGGUGUCGAACGCUUUCCUUUCCGUUUGGUCCAUGGGGAAGAGGCGGACCGGAGCAAGAAGCCAUGGUUUGAAGAUCUUGUGGGUGGUAUCAGACCGACACCGCGAGAGGAACUCCCACCUGGUGCUGCAUGGGGAAUGGAGUUGACUACAUUUAUGUUCAACUCCCGACUAUAUCUCAGUUGGCUUAUGCAAAGGCUGCUGAAAGCCAAGGUACAGAUCAUUCGGCGUUCGUACAGCCACAUUGACGAUGUGAUAUCCGAUUUCCCAGCUGCCACGGCCGUUUUCAAUUGCACUGGGUUAGGUGCUAAGACAUUAGGUGGCGUCGAAGACCAGAAAAUGUACGCCACGAAGGGCCAUACCCUGCUCAUCGGUGAACCCAAAAAUCCCAUCAAAAAGAUGUAUGUUUGGAGUCAGCCAUCACUGUUUCCAGAGAACGAGUUUUCGCACGUCUUUCCCCGGCCCCUAGGCGGGGGCAUCAUCAUCGGAGGCGUUCGGCUCGAUGGCGACCAGGAUGAAACCCUCGAUGCCGGUCGCACAGAGCGGAUAAAGCAACGGGCCUGCCAACUCUGUCCAGAACUCGGCAGUCCUAAGGACUUACAGGUCAUCAGUCAGAACGUCGGCUUGCGUCCAAGUAGGUCUGGGGGAGGUCGUGUGGAGAGUGAGCAGAGGAAUGGUAUUCAGCUGAUCCACAACUACGGGGCUUCCGGAGCUGGUUAUCAAUCAUCCUGGUAA